AUGUCACACAAGUCUCUAUUAGUGUUGUUAUUAGUAACAAUGGCAAUUGCUACUGAAAGUCCUGCUCUUUAGCAAUUAAGAAAAAAAUUAGAAUAAAGCGAAUAUAAUUCACAAUUAGUUGAUAUGUUGGAAUUAAGUUUGGCAGGCGGAUAAUUAGAUCGUGUUUUUGAGUUGUUAUAAAAAAUGAUCGAUGAUUUAACUGGAUAAAUUAAUUCUGCAAAUUUGGAAUAUGCUUCAAGAAUGGCUGCAUUUUAAUAGAGCAUAGAAUAAUUAGAGGCAAAUUUAGCAUCAUUAUAAAAUGAAGUUUAAACAACAAAUCGAAAAAUAGGAGAAAUUACAUAAUCAAUUUCAACACUUACAUCUACUAGUGUUUCCAUUAAGAAACAAUUAGAAGCAAUAAAUUAAAGAGAAGAGUAAAUCCGCGAUAAUAGAGCUAAGGAGAUCUAGUCUGUAUAAACUAAUUAGACUGCUGCUUAAAAGAUUUUAGGAGCUCUAGAAGAAAUUCAUGAUAAAUUGGUUAAGGCUGUUCUUUCAAAUUCAGGUUCAUUCCUUGAAGAAACUGAAAAAUAAGAAAUAAUAAAAUAAGUAAAACAAGAAUUAGGACAUAAACAUCCUCUUGCCUUAUUAUUAGAUUUAUCUGUGAAAUUUGAUGAAGUAACAGCUAGAAAAGCUAUUGAAUUAAUUGAAUAAAUAAUUGCAUCAAUUAAGGAUGGUUAACAAUUCAGAGAAGAAAAUCAAACAGCUGCAGAACAAAACUUUAACUCAUUAAUUAAUGAAGUGUCAAUUUUAAGAGAGAAAUUAGGAUAGGACAAUCAGAAGACUAGCAGCUCUUUGAAGAAUAGAUAAAAUGAUUUGAAUAUUGUAUAGAGAAGAAAUAAACAGUUGACUUUGAAUUAGGAAAAUACUUAAUAAUUAUUAGAAACGACAAGAGUUCAAAAAGAUUUAUAUGAUUCAAAUUUCAGAUCCAAUGCUAGUAAGAGAGAAGGACAAUUGAAUUCGUUAAAGACUGCCUUUUAAAUUUUAAGAGACAACGAAUAAGCAUUGAAAAAAUGA